AUGAAGGGGAAGGAUGACUACGGGGCCUUCUUGGAGAAAUUCGAGCUGCGGGCGCCUCCACCUCCGGAGGGUUCUACCACCCGGCUGCUCCCUCUGCGGGGUCUCACCUUCGCCGUCAAGGAUAUGUACGGUCCCUUUCAGCUGCUGUUUUCGUCUUGCGUUGAAUUCCAUACGAGGUUCCUCUGUUGUGUAAGAGUUCUAUCGGGAGAUUCAUGUUGUGAUUUCGACUCGGUUAUAAUAAAUAUAUACUAUUUGGCGUCACGUUCGUCUUGGCGUUCAGUUAAUUUAAUUUCUUUCAUCAGUAAUGAGAAACACCUACGGGUUGGACUCCGAUCAUCCCGUUUUUCCUGUUAUCUAAUUAUAAAAAAUGAAGGAGGGGGGUAGACUCUCUCUCUCUCUCUCUCUCUCUCUCUCUCUCUCUCUCUCCACCCACCAAAAUUGUCACAGCGGCAGCUUCUAUCAGUUUGAGUGCAUGUUUCUCAUUUCCCUUUUGAAAAUUUCAGGGCAUGAUCCAAAAGGGAAAAUUAAGGACGUUAGUAAAACAGCAUGUGAGCUCACGCUAUGCUUAUAAGCUUCUAGUGAUCUCCUAAGCUGGACCUUAUCUACUCCAUAUUUCAUUCCACUAAAAUUUUCCCUUCAAUGAUAGGAAGAUUAUCUGAAAGAUUACCUUGUCAUCCUUCUUUCUAAGUAAAUUUUUUUGUCUGCAGGUUUGACAUCAGUGGCCAUGUGACUUGCUUCGGCAACCCAGACUGGGCAAGGACUCAUGCAGCUGCUACCACAACAUCCCCCGUUGUUUUGGCUGUAAUUAGAGCUGGUGCAAUUUGUGUUGGAAAAACUGUAAUGGACGAGAUGGGUUACAGGUUCGUAUUAGGGAAGUUUAUCUUGGGCAUUUGAGUAAGUACUAAUACCACGCGAAAUCCCUUUGACUAUAUACUUCAUACAGGUUAUCAACAUGCUUUGAGCAGUUUACCUGUCUUGGCAGUAACACAUUCCCAUAAAUUUCUCACUUCUCAACGUCUACCAUAUCUAGCAAUUCUGUGUAAUUCUUGGCUUGAGUAAUAUUAUUGGAAUGUCGAAUCACUUUCCAUUCAGAAGUAAUUUUAUGGAAUGAAUCUUGGAUAUUGUGAUCAUGCUCGUUAUUACAUCAUGGUAACACAUUUUUGAUUAUGCUCAGUAUCGACGGACAAAACAAGCAUUAUGGGACACCCACUAAUCCAUUGGCUAAAGAUCGGGUGCCAGGAGGAUCAUCAAGUGGGUCCGCUGUAGCCGUGGCUGCAAAGCUCGUUGACUUUGCGUUAGGUGAAAACUCCUUAAUCUGAAGUUUGAGAUAUUUAAGGCAGGGGACUGUUUAGGCGUAUAUAUGAUGCAAUCAGAGUGCAGGACCUAACGUUCCUGUGCCGAAUUAGGAUUUUUCCGGCUUAAUCUUCACGGUCUUUAUCCUGUUCAAGUAGAUGCAGUAAUGUGUUGCGAAAUUCGUCCAGUAGAAAAGAGAAAUGAUAAAUGCACCACUAACUAUCGCUAUGGGGUUUGUCUUGGUGAUUUUUCCCCCUAAUCGUAUCAUUAAUCUUAUAAUUUCGGUUUAUGGGAAGCAUCAUUAUCAUCCAAUAAGAAGAGUUUCAAUUUAUUCAAGACUGGUCAACACUGUUGGAGAGUUUAACCGUUAGUACGUUUCAACUCAUAGAUCGACAAAGGAUACUAUGUAAGACUCUUUUCUUCAGGUACUGACACUGGUGGAAGUGUGAGAGUACCUGCAUCUUACUGCGGAAUUCUCGGCAUUCGACCUUCACAUGGAGUUGUUGACGCAGCUGGUGUUGUUCCAAUGGCACAGAGCUUUGACACUGUUGGUGAGGAUAAAUAGAACGUUGAAUCCACCUCUUAGUAUCUCCUCCUCUUUCGGUAAAUGCAUCAUAAACGGUCAUGUAUUGACAUUUCUGUGUUUUAUCUCGGCAAACUUUAUUGAUUCGCUGUUGCUGUUGUUUUGAUCGUGUCCUCCUCAGACGAGAGAGUUUAAAUAUUUUAUUUCAUACACCGUGAAAUCUUAAUUGCUGAUAAUUACUAGAAAAGUCCCAAGUGAGAGGGAUAAGUUGAAUAUUGUGCGAUAAAUAAAGGAUUUUGUUGUUAUAAAUUAAUAAUAUAUGAUUUCUCGUGUUCGUUUGACUUAAUAAUAAUUUUGAAGCACGGUUUUCGUGUUUUCUGCAAAAUAAUUACAGGGUAAAUAUUAAAGUUCUAGCUAGAGGGAUUGUUCCAAAAUGUAAGCCUUUUCCGAAACUUGGCUGUUUUGGGUACUUUACUGAUCCUUCCUAGAGUAGCUGGUUCUUGAUCGAUCCGAUCUGUUCGCUACCCAAAUUAUUUUCCAUAGAGUGUCAAAGAGGGCUUGGAUCAACCAGUCUUUAUUCAAUUCAGAUCGGGAUGAACAAUGGCUACUCUGUCUAAAAAUCCAACCGAGGAUUCAAUGGUCUUGUCCCGGUUCUGAUUCCAUUUGUAUUCAGAUUAUACUUGAUGGUCGUCGAAAGAAUCUAUGACUGUUGCAUGAGUCGAAAUUUUUUAGUUCUUGUCAGUUUUUUCUGUACCUGAUCAGAAUCUGUCUUCACCAUCCUGCCAUGUCCUGUUCUGAUUUUGUCCCAGUCUAGACAAACCUGUUUUAGCAAUGUGUUCCUCACUAAAUCACUUAAUAUUUCUCUAAAAUUACUAUUACCCAAUAAUCAAUGAAUUUCUCAAAUGAAUGAAUGGUGCGGAUUCGGUGACAGAUUGGAGAUGGUGAUAAAUUAAUUUCGCAAAUGGUUCUCCCUUUUACGAAUUAAUUGAUAUUUCAAAUGAAUGUCACCACACUAAAUGGGCAGAGAAAUUGAGAAGACAGUUCUUCCUAAGUUUUCCUUUUGGGACACCCACUUUCUGUCUAUUGGAAUCUUGUAUUGAUACGAUUGUUUUCUAUGCAUCGAUGUGAAUUUACAGUGGGCCGAGUGAUGUAUACACCUAUUGGUGGGAUUAUUUAGUGAUAAAAUUUUUAUGACAGUUAGUUGUAACUCAGAUUUAUUCUACUCUUUCCCACGCUAUCAGUUUGAACAUUGUAAUCACAAGUUGGAUAGAUAAAUUCACAUAAAAUCAGUGCACUGUUGCAUUAUUUCCCCGCAAUUAUCGUCAGCACUUGAUUUCUGAUAUCAGGGGAUUUAGCCGCCACAGAGCCUGAGAUAACUCCCUCAAUAGCUGAAAGAUUUAUCCUAUAUUUAUUCAUUUUACUCAGACCUUUCUUUGUGUUUUUUUUUAUGUUGUUUGUGUUCCAAGAACUGAUAUCAUUUAUUUAUUUUGUUCUAUCUUGAUCAAUAUUAUCUACAUCUGUGGAAAUAUUUGACUAAUAUAGGGAAUAUUAGUCUUCUUGAUGAUCAUUAACGGGUAUUUGGUCUCAGGUUGGUUCUCUAGGGACCCUAUGAUCCUAGCUAGAGUAGGGGAGGUGGUGUUGCCACCUCAUGUUUCAAACAGUGAUCUGCCCAGUCGGGUUCUCAUCCCCGAUGACUGCUUUCAGCAUCUGAGUUCUUCAGGCAGCAGACCAUGCGAAAUAUUUACCGAAUCCAUAACUAAAGCAAUUGGUCGUAAGUUCCUAUCACAUGUUUCAUCACAAGGUAACAUGUGAUCGGUCAAGUAGCUGAUAUUUUACGUUUCAUUAUUUCAGAUCUGAUCCACUUAGAUCUUGGUGAAUAUAUCACGAAUAAUGUUCCCAGUUUACAUUAUUUUAUGCACCGACUCUCGGACGCAAGCACUUCCAAGAAUGCUGGAAUACCAGUGUUUUCUGCUCUAUCACAUGCCAUGCAAACACUUCAAAGGUAGCACCUUUUUUUUAACCGCUGCUUGGAAUUGCUUGCAGUUAUUCGUUAAAUUAUGAUCCUCAAAUCAUCACUGGGGAGACCCGCAGGGAUCCCCAUCCCCCUUUUCCCUUCUGUGAGUGUUAACAUCCAUCUAAGAGAGAGAGAGAGAGAGAGAGAGAGAGAGAGAGAGAGAGAGAGAGAGAGAGAGAGAGAGAGAGAGAGAGAGAGAGAGAGAGAGAGAGAGAGAUUCUGUUCCAUGAUGUCCUUUGGAAAGUAUCUUAGCUUUUACCAUCGGAUUGGAUCUAGUCUUAAUGCCUUAAAUCCUUGGCUCUGGCGUGUAGGUUUGAGUUUAAAAGUAACCAUGGGGACUGGGUCAACGCUACCAGACCCGAUUUAGGCCCAGGUAUAUUCGAACGAGUUUGGGAAGCUGUUAAGACCGUGGAUGAAGACGCCAUCCCUCACUGCUACUCUGUCAGGUCUGAACUCAGAGCUGCCCUCGAUGAACUCCUGAAGGUACAACCGAUAACUCCGGCUUACCCAUCACACUUCAUUGCUUCUACAUCGAAUCCUCACUAGUCUCUUUUACCCAUUAUCGCUGAAGGAUAAUGGGGCCCUUGUCCUCCCCACACUCCCUGGCCCUCCCCCCAAGCUGAACACCGACCCAUCUCUGCUGAAAGACUUCCGUUCGAAGGCUUUCAGCUUGCUCUCUAUUGCCGGCAUGUCAGGACUUUGCCAGGUAUUUUCAUUCCUCCUCUCAUGAUUUCCACCUUUAUCUGUGCCCAUAUACUUGCAAAGAAGCUGACUUGCAGCCUUCCAAAUGCGGCAAAUCGCAGGUUACCAUACCUCUGGGCAUGGAUGACGACCUGCCCAUGUCCAUCUCCCUCUUAGCCAGGCACGGUGGAGAUGGGUCUCUUCUUAAUCUCGUGAAGACCCUGUACUGA